AUGAAUACUGCAGUGGCUGGAAAACUACUGCCUGCAGGAGACACAACAAAGGAGUGCUUUCAGGAGACCCCCAAGCCGCAGACCCCUCCUCAGGUGAGGAAGUUUGUCCGCAGUAACCAGCCGGAGCCCGGGACCAUCAGAGUGCAUCAUGGGAAAGCUGGAGACCCAGAUAUGGCCAGUGGUUUGGUGCAUGGGGUCAGCACCAAACCCUCUCUCUCCAUUUCCGAAGUGCUGAAUCCUACCCAAAGCUCAGCAUUCCAGGAGAAGCUGCAGGAGCUGGGGGAGGCGGUGUACAGGUCCCAGCAGAAGGCACCUUUGGGACGAUCCCAUGGGCACUGUGGAGGACUGCCAGCCUGGGUGGACCAGCACACUGUGUUUGGAGUCAGGGGCGCUAAAGGGCAGGGAGCGCAGGAGCUGCUGAACCCUCCUAAGUCCAGAAUAGAUGUGGAGGCCGAGGCCCAGGACAAACACGAGCUCUACGUCAAAAGCCACAACCACUACUUUGUCGGUGAACGCAUCAACAGGAAGUAUGACAUGCCUCACUUCAGAGCAGACACCGUGUUUGGACUCCCCACCCCUCACCACGAUGACGGACGGAACCUCGCCAAGACCAUGAACUGGAUCCACGCGGACGACCAUCCAGAGCCUGACCAGAUGGGGUCUGACUUCUCACUACUCCCGGCUGAAGACAGAAAGAAAUCCGUUCAGACCUUCGGGAUCCUUCCGCCUUCAGAUCAGUACGGGGCAGGAGAGUUGAUCCACCGCACUGAUCCAGGACAGACCACCCCUCUGCUCAGUCUGGUCCACGCCAUCCGCCACCACCUCAAGAAGGUCAACUACCAGUUCUUCCCCACUCUCCUGCGUGCCUUCAGCCAUUAUGACAAGAAGGGCCGUGGGCUGAUCGACCUGCGGGACCUACAGGAUGUGUGCCAGGAGUUCCACCUGGACACCAGCCCCACGGUGCUGCAGCAGCUGCUGGACUACUGUGACUGGGACGGAGACGGACACAUCAGCUUCUUGGAGUUUAGCAACUUCCUCUGCUGGAAGGACCGCAUGCCCAUUAGGAAACAGGAGCAGGGCCUUCUUACCGGAGAGCAUGUGAGCGGCUCCCCUCCCUCCAAAGCUCUACUGAGACCUGAGGACCUGGAACCCCCAGAGCCUGGCAGCUCCCUCAGAGUCCCCCGCACACUGGUCCACGGCAGAGGAGACCCAGACGCCUCCACCCCCUCCUCUACUGUGAUCGGGGCUGUCACUGACCACGCGGCAGGGAGAGAGGUGCGCUCCGGUGGCCUCCCCAGCGUACGCACUGACCUCCCUGCUCCGCGCCUCAGGAGCGUGGCUGACCGCACAAACUACGGAGACUGUCCUGGUGUGGCCGCCCUGCUGCACCCCCACACACACGCUGCUCUGGGGGUCUACGAGCAGCACUUCCUCUGCCCGCGCUCCAGGAACGAGAUAGCAGAGAUCUUCCGCAGCAUCGGCCUGGACCUGUCCCAGCAGCAGUUUGACGAGGCCUGGGAGCUGGCAUCCAGGAGGAGCCCCGCUGGAGAGGUCAGCGUGGAGGAUUUCAGACAAGUGCUCAGGGAGAGAGGAGCCAUGUAG